AUGGAGCCAGAGCAUCAGUUGAAUUUUGUCAACUCCAUCCAGCAAAGCGAGUCCAGCUCCUCUUGGCUCCCAGGAGCGCUUCUCGAUGCCGACGCGUUGGAUUUCACCUUGACCUCGGCGAUUGCAAAAUGGGCGCAAUUGCCUCCCAUCCCAUCCAUCCCGAGCUUGACUGACGCCGGCGCCUUCCUUACCCCGACCUCAACGCAGACUGCGGAGUUGCCAGCUGACAUUGUGAAGCGGAAAUGGUUCAGGCGUCUGACUAACCCCGAGGACAUGCCUGCCCCCCAGAACAAUUCCGGCAGGGAUCUCGCGGCUGACGAAAACUAUCGAACGGGCCUCUCGCAGAGGCUCCAACCUAGCAUGCACAAUGAGGCCCUUCCUUCGGCUGAGCAACUCAAUCUCUUCGCCAACCAGUUCUUCACUCGCUUUCACCCCCUUCUACCGAUCGUCCAUGCGCCCGCAUUCAGGCCCACCACCGAGAACUCGUUACUCUUCAUCUCAAUCUGUUCAGUUGGAAGCCUAUUUGUCGGGUCGUUGCACGCGGUCGCACAAGGGAGUCAACUGUUUGAGAGGCUGAAUAAAGCGAAUCUGGCGUCCUGGGAGUCGGACCUGGCCCGCAGCUGCUCUGACGCGUGGUCCAUGGUCCAAGCAGCCAUUAUCGGCCAGACAUUUGCCAUUCUUUCCGGCCGUCCCAAGGACCUUAUUCUGGCAGGUGUUCUGCACGGCACGGUCAUGGCCUGGGCGCGUGAGGCCGACAGGAAUGCGCUGUCGCUGCCCUCCGCCCCGCGCGAUCUCGAUCUCGAUGAAGCGUCCUUGGACGAUCAGUGGAGUCGGUGGAUCGACCGCGAGCAGCGAUUGAGGGUCAAAAUCGCCCUGAACAAUCACGACGCGGAGCUCGCGAGCCUAUUGCACCAUGAGCCUAUCUGCAAGCAUCGGCUCCCGCAAAACCCUCAUUUGGCUUCGGAUGCGUUAUUCACGGCACCUACAGCGGUGAGGUGGGCCAGAGUUUACAAACUUACUACGAACCCACCGAGUCCUCGAAUGUCAAACACGUACCUCGACAACAUCCUCCCAAGUGAUGCAGCAGAUUCUAAAUUUGCAGCCUACGGACUACUUGAGAGUAUCAGUGCUCACGUCAGUGAGGCUCGACGGUCGAAUACACUUGAUGACCAGGAAGUGGGGAGAUUGUCCAACAUGCUCAUGUGGUGGUGGAGGCGAUAUAGCACUCAGUCCACUUUUCAAAACGAGGACGAUGACCCCUUGGCGGUGCAAACCUUGUGGCACUCCACCUACAUAGCCAUUUACGCCGACCUCGACCUGCUGGAACGAGCCAGCGGCCGGGAUGGGAGUCUGCCGUGCAAGCCAGCUACCCUCUCGUGCGUUCCUAGUCGAGCUCACUAGCCGCCAGUAAAUGCUGCGGAACACCAAGCUCGUGUCGUUGCAGAUCGACGAGCAAGGCGACGCGGAGUUUCCCGUGCUGGUGGAGAUCGAGGUCGAUGGAACCCAGCGACGGACUCUUCGCACCAAGCACCUGGUCGGGGCGGACGGGACGCAUUCGGCGGUCCGCAAGGCCGUGGGGCUGCAGCUCGAAGACGUGUUCCAACCAUAGUAUAUCCGGCCGAAGAGGGACGAUGCGAUCGAUUGGUGGGCUGCAUAUCAGAUUGGGC